AUGGCCGACAGGAGGGAGCUAUGGAGGUCCCUGGAGAAAAUUUCCUUGCACUGCGUUGAUGUACCGUGGCUGGUUGGAGGGGAUUUCAAUGCAGUGCGAGAUAUUAGCGAAAUAUGUGGUGCAUCAGGUGACAUUCGAAUGGCAAUGGAGGAGUUUAAUAUUUGUAUCCAGAAUGCAGGAUUACUACCAUUAUCCAUGCAGGGCGAAUGCCUCACCCCAUGCACUUCAGAUCACUCACCAUUGGUGCUUUACGGGGAUAGACAACAGCAGCUUGGAGGUAUGUUUCGUUUUGAUAAUUACCUCACUCUCUCACCAGAUUUUGUCCCCGGUGUGCAGCGUGUUUGGCAACACAACAUUAUUGGGGUGCAUAUGUAUGUGGUAACACGAAAACUCAAAGCAUUGAAAGCGGUUUUCCGAGAGCAAAGGAGGAAAAAGGGGGACCUAACACACAAUGUACAACUGGCAAAAGGGUUUCUUGAGAUAGCGCAAACACUUGUUAGCUCAAACAGGCGAGAUGAGUUAUUCUUACAGCUGGAACACUGCUGUCGGAUAGUGUUGGCUAAAGCGGCCAAACUUGAACAGGUCAUGCUCAGGCAACGAGCGAAAAUGCAGUGGAUGAAGGGGGGUGAUCAGUGCUCCCGGGUGUUUUUUCAUAAGAUUGCUCAAAGGAGAUCGGCAAGGAGAAUUUUACAAAUUACAGACGAUCAAGGAGUAACCCACAUUGGACCCGGGAGAGCUGAUGUUAAGCAGGCUGUUUUUGAUAUAGCUGAGGAUAAAGCGCCGGGACUGGACGGUUACUCCUCGGGUUUUUUCAAAGCUGCAUGGCCAAUAGUGGGUCAGGAGGUUACUUCGACAGUGUUGGAUUUCUUUACCACUGGCCGAAUUCUAAAACAGAUCAAUACCACAUUGUUGGCGCUCAUACAAAAGGUACAUUCCCCAAUGUCUGUUAGUGAUUUUCGUCCUAUUUCCUGCUGCAACGUAUUGUAUAAGAUAAUUGCCAAGCUCCUUGUCCAAAGGUUGAGUGAGGCCCGUUUACCUCCUCGAUGUGCCUUAAAGGUUGACAUACGGAAGGCAUAUGACACUGUGGAGUGGGACUUCCUACUCGCUGUUCUAGAGUUAUUUGGUUUUCCAACUACUUUCAAAAGUUGGAUCGAGGCAUGUGUCACAACGCCCUCUUUUUCUGUUGGACUGAAUGGGAAGCCCCAUGGUUUCUUUAUGGGUGCGAGAGGGCUUCGUCAAGGGGACCCUUUAUCACCAUACUUAUUUGUGCUUGUGAUGGAGGUCUUAGACCUGGGUUUAUUACAGUUGAUUGACCAGGAUGAGCUCUUUUCUUUCCAUUGCAAAUGUGAUACAGCUUGGAUUUUUCAGUUGGGGUUUGCUGAUGACUUGUUGUUAGUCUGUCGUGCUGAUAUGGACUCUAUUGGUCCUUAA